GCCUACCCACAGGGAUUCCCUCUCCAGCCAAUCCAGUCAGAGCAGCGGAGCUGCCCCGAACAAAGAUGGCGCGGGAAGCGUCUGUGAGGGCAGACUGAUCCGAGCACCCAAACCCUCGGCGGACAGCGGAGCCAGUGGUAGCCGCACGGCCCUAAAACCAUGGAGGAGGGCGGCAGCACUGGCAGUGCUGGCAGUGACAGCAGCACCAGCGGGAGUGGCGGGGCGCAGCAAAGGGAGCUGGAGCGCAUGGCUGAGGUCUUGGUCACCGGGGAACAGCUACGGCUCAGGCUGCAUGAAGAAAAGGUUAUUAAAGAUAGACGUCAUCAUCUCAAGACCUACCCAAACUGUUUUGUCGCAAAAGAACUGAUUGACUGGCUGAUUGAACACAAAGAGGCUUCCGACAGAGAGACGGCAAUUAAACUCAUGCAAAAAUUAGCAGACAGGGGCAUUAUUCACCAUGUGUGUGAUGAGCAUAAGGAAUUCAAGGAUGUCAAACUCUUCUACCGCUUUAGAAAGGAUGACGGCACCUUCCCACUGGAUAAUGAAGUGAAGGCCUUUAUGAGAGGACAGAGGCUAUAUGAAAAGCUGAUGAGCCCUGAAAACACACUCCUGCAGCCCAGGGAGGAGGAAGGGGUCAAGUAUGAGCGCACCUUCAUGGCAUCUGAAUUCCUGGACUGGCUGGUUCAGGAAGGUGAGGCCACCACAAGGAAAGAGGCAGAGCAGCUUUGCCACCGGCUUAUGGAGCAUGGCAUCAUCCAGCAUGUAUCCAACAAGCACCCAUUUGUGGACAGCAAUCUUCUCUACCAGUUCAGAAUGAACUUCCGGCGGAGGCGAAGACUGAUGGAGCUGCUCAAUGAAAAGUCCCCCUCCUCCCAGGAAACUCAUGACAGUCCCUUCUGCCUGAGGAAGCAGAGCCAUGACAAUCGGAAAUCUACCAGCUUUAUGUCAGUGAGCCCCAGCAAGGAGAUCAAGAUCGUGUCUGCAGUGAGGAGAAGCAGCAUGAGCAGCUGUGGCAGCAGCGGCUACUUCAGCAGCAGCCCCACCCUCAGCAGCAGCCCCCCUGUGCUCUGCAACCCUAAGUCCGUGCUGAAGAGACCUGUCACCUCUGAGGAACUCCUUACUCCCGGGGCUCCGUAUGCAAGGAAGACAUUCACGAUUGUUGGUGACGCGGUUGGCUGGGGUUUUGUGGUGCGAGGAAGUAAGCCAUGCCACAUCCAGGCUGUAGACCCCAGUGGCCCUGCAGCCGCAGCAGGAAUGAAGGUCUGUCAGUUUGUUGUCUCUGUCAACGGGCUCAAUGUCCUGCAUGUAGACUACCGGACCGUGAGCAAUCUGAUUCUGACGGGCCCACGGACGAUUGUCAUGGAAGUCAUGGAGGAGUUAGAGUGCUGAGCUCCUGGGCCUCCCAGCCCUCCAGUGGCCUGUGGGUGACGGAAGCCAGAAUGACACAAAGCAAUGCAAAGACAAGAUUGCCAUGCAAAUGGAUGGUUUUGGACAUACGAGUCUUCUCCGCACAUACAUGUCUAAAGUUGAGUUUUAUACACUGAAUGUGGAAGAACCGGGUAUCAUAUCUUUUUUAAAAAAUGUCAGUGUAGAAAACAUUUGGGAAACCAUUUUCCUACAUGAUAGAACUGCCUUACUAGAUUUCUAUUUGUAGCUCUCAUUCAUUGUUUUUUAUCUUAGUUUGCAGAAAGGUGUUGAAAUGCUUCUCUAGCCCAAACAGCGACAUGCUAAAGUCCCCUUCUUCAGAGUCAAUAGAGUAGUUGUUAAAGGUUUUAAAUUGUACUUUCUCCAAAAUUAGCAUGCAGCUAUUUAAUAGGGAAUCUAGAUUUCACCAAGAUUCAAAUCAAAGCAACAUUUAAAGGAAUAAGACCUGUUCACUAGCAUUUUCAAGGGGGUUCUAAAGCAUUCAAGGGCUUAAAAGCCAUAAAAAGUGACUUCUUAAUUCCUGCCUUUAGUGUCAACUUUUAAGUUAAUACAGGUUUCAAUUGUGGCAUUAGGAAAAAAAAAAAACCUUGUGAUGCUAUGGGUGGGGGUAGUUAGGGAGAGACUACAUGAAAUUGUGUGCCCCUAUUUUCUUUCUGAUCCUAAAUCAUUUUGUUUUAUAAAUCAGCUAUAGCAUCUUUCUAGAAUUAAUCCUGAAUAUGUUGAAUGUUAAAAUAGAGAAGUUUGUAUAUACACAUAAUUAAAAAUCAACCCUUCUGGCAAGAUUUCACUUUGAAGGUGUCUGUUUUUAAGGGAAGGCUAAAACUUUGCUGAUAUGUGAUAAAACUUGAACUCUAAAUUGCCUCCUUAGCCUGAAUUUUUACCAGCUUUCUAGUGUAACAUAUUCUAAGGACAUGACAUGCUGCUUAUUUGGGGGGAUUAUUUUUCACCAAAAUGAUCAUCUUGCGUUGUAACUUUUCAGCUCACUUGUAUAUACGCAUGUUUUCAUUUUUGGUCUAGAAAAUAGUGCAUUUUGGGGCUCAGCGUGCAGAGGAAAUUCCUCAAAGUGCCAAAUUAGGGAGUCAGGAAAUACUAAAUUCUUCAUUCCAAAUAAUGGAUCUGAAUGAUGACGUUAAUUUUUUAUCAUGCAUUAACAAAAUAAAAUAUGAGAAUUGUA